UCGGCGGGUCACGUGGUCCGGGCCUUUGUUGAUGCGAUUCAGUGGAGAAAGAACAGGAGGAGGAAAAAGGAGGAAAAAGCAGCAGCGGCAGCAGCAGCAGCCGUCCCGGUCCGAGCCAGCCACAGUCCCCGUCCUGCUUCCCGGCCAUCGCCGCGGAGCUGCAGCCGGAUCCGAGGAGAGUCUCCCGGCGGCGGGGAGCGAGGCAGCGGGGGAUGGAGGCUGAGUCCGGGCAGUGAGGAGGUGUGGGGGUCGCCGCCCGGAGCCCCGGGCCCUGCUUUGUUGCAGCUCCGCCGCUCCUCAAGCAUCUCUCUGCGGCCGCUGUGGUCCCGAAGCCACCGGGGGAUAACCGGGGGACAACCGGGGGAACACCGGGGGUCUGAGGGGCUUUCCGGCCGCAGCACCUGACUAGUCCGCGUUGAGGAUCCAGCUUCUCCCUGGUGUUCAUCUCUCUUUGUUACCUCCACCCCCCCCCAGCCCCGCCAUGGCUCCGGUGGUCCGGUUCUCCUGGUUCUGCUGCCUGCUGGUGCUGCUGCCGCCCCCCGCCGUGCGGAGCUCGGACUGCGGCCCCGGCAAGGCCGCCGACUGCCCCGACCUGUCGGAGAAGAAGAGCGACCUGCGCGUCUGCGACGCGGGGACCUGCCGCUUCGGGGGAAGCUGCCGCGAGAGCGGCGCCGACAUCAAGUGCGUCUGUCAGUUCCACUGCAACAAGAAGUUUGUGCCGGUGUGCGGCUCCAACGGAGACACGUACCACAACGAGUGCUUCCUCCGGAGAGCCGCCUGCAGGAGGCAGCGGGCCGUCAGCGUGGCGUCGGAGGGACCCUGUUACCACGAUACGGGCUCAGGAUCCGGCGACGGAGACGACGAAGGAUCCGGCCGUGGCGGCAAGAAGGCCUCCAAGUGUGGGAACUGCAAGUUUGGAGCCGAGUGUGACGAAGACUCGGAGGACAUGCUCUGCAUGUGCAACAUCGUGUGCAACGGCCACAACGACAACCCGGUGUGCGGCGGCGACGGCGUCACCUACGACACGCCCUGCCACGUCCGCGAGGCGUCCUGCCUCAAGCAGCUCAAGAUCGACAUCAGACACGUGGGACGUUGCCAAGAUAAGAGCAGGAAGGACGAUGGCCUGAAGACCAAGCCGGACGUUUACGCGGUGUCCCGCCCCGGCGAGGGGGAGGGGUUUGUGGACGUCCCCGCCCCCUGCCCGGCCGACUACGCCCAGUUCUGCGAACACGGCCAGUGUGAGAUGAGACAGAACCUUCCCACCUGCAGGUGUGAGGCGGCGUACGGCGGCGCUCAGUGCGACCAACUGCUGGACUUCAACAUCCUGUACGUGGUCCCCAGCGGACAGAAGCUGCACUACGUCCUGAUCGCCGCCAUCAUCGGGGCCGUGCAGAUCGCCGUCAUCGUUGCCGUGGUGAUGUGCUUCACCAGGAGGUGCAGCAAGACGAAGCGCGGCCGCCGGCAGAAGCAGCACCUGGGCCACUUCUCGUCGGGGACGUCCUCCAGGAUGAUGUAGCCUCGCUCUUCUUCUCUGGUUUCUGCAGACGGAGGCCGUAGCCUCGCUCUUCUUCUCUGGUUUCUGCAGACGGAGGCCGUAGCCUCGCUCUUCUUCUCUGGUUUCUGCAGACGGAGGCUGUUUUAUACGUUUGGUGCCUCUUUAUUUCCCUUUUCUAACCUGAUCUGAGUUCAGGGGCCUUAUUUUCUAGAUUCCCUCCGUGUUUGAGUGUUUUUUGAGUCUUCACCGUCCGCCGCUGCUGUCCGCUCAGACUCUGUGGACCACGAACCUUAUUUAUCUUAACGGACCGGACCACCGGACCGGACCGUCCUCGGCUGGACUCACACUGAUUGUCUCUUUGUUGUCCCCGGUGGGACGCAGCCGCCCGUCGCUCUCCGGUUUUUGUUUGACUGUUCAGUCAGACGUAACUCUGGACUCUGAACGCUGUUCUCACGUCGUAAACACCAACUAUAUCUGCUCUGAUCUGAAUCCGAGCCUCUAGAUUAGUUCAGCUAAUUCUGGCGGCUUUAACCUUUAACUCCUUUUCUGUGGACAGAUUUUGAGAACGUCAGGUCUGAUUGGUACGUGGGACCUGGAGGAGCCUCCCCCCCAGAGUCAGAGUCAACAUGCCCGGCCGGCUUUAACUCCUUUUUAGUCCCGCUGACAGUUUUGAGGGUUUUUCCGCCAAAGUUCAGACAUCUGUGUGAAACUCUGGUUCUUCUGCUGCCUGUCCCGGUUGGUACCGGGAUCUUUAGUCCCUCCGGCCUCAAACCUCCAGGGGGCCCCGCGGGUCCUCGGUUGUGUUUGGCUGCGUCCCACCGGGAUCACCGUCCGUCAUCGUCACGUGAAGCGUUUUGUAUUUGUUUUUACGCAAUGCACCUAAAAACCAAAAUGCUGUUUUUUCUACCGCUCGAGAAGAUACUGAGGUACGAGCCGACAUGUACAGGUUGUUGUUAGAAUUAUUUUGUUGCUUGAUUUUCUGAUGAUGCCAUUCCGGAAAUGGAUUCCAACGUCGGCUUUUCGCCGAUGAUAAUUUAAACGACUGUCGACUUUCUUUUUUAUUCUGAUUUGUUUUGUCCGUGUUGGUGUUGUGGUUUAGCAGUAGGUCCAGGACCUCGGUUCCUCCGCGCACCACCCGCUACGUGGUGUCCGCGGGAACCGGGCCGCAUUUUACCGUAGAUGUUGCAUCAUGCAUGAACCAGUGAAGUGGGUGUGUAGACUGUGCUGUAGCUAAACUAGAAUUAAAUUAUGACCUUUGAACCGCUGUGUCUGU